AAGUUUCUCAUUGUUCAAAGAAAUAAUUUAAACUUCUUUAUUGACUCUAGCUUAUUGUUGGGCAGUGUGUAGGAGCAUUAGAAGUUGUGGUUGCAACCGAACAAUUAGAUUGCUUCUGGUUGCUAAACAUGAUUAAGAGGCGUGCUUAUGCUGCACAGCAUGGAAACAGCAUUCCCUAACAACCUGGGACCUCAGAAGCAAGGAAAGGCCCAAAGGCAGAGACUCUGGGAGGAAAAUUUGAAUUGCACAAGUGGAUGAGCUUCUUUCCACAGUUCUGUGACUAUGGAGAGUCAGUCACAGGCAUGAGAAACAGGAUAGCGACACUGUGGUCCUCAUGGAGUCUUUCCUUCUGAAAUUCCAUCGGAGGGUGAAUAUGCCUCUUCAGAGUUAGAAGACCAUUCUGGAAGAUCUGACUCUGGGCCAUAGCAUAAAGAAGACUGACUGCUGGAAUGUUUAGGAUCGGCAGGAGACAACUCUGGAAACAGAGUGUCAGCCGAGUUCUAACGCAACGGCUGAAAGAAGAGAAGGAAGCCAAGAGGGCUCGUCUGGACGGGAGGCAUGACUAUCUUUUUGCAAUUGUAGCUUCCUGUUUGGACCUGAACAAACCGGAAGUGGAAGAUGCUCUUCUUGAGGGUAAUCAGAUUGAAAGAAUCGAUCAGCUUUUUCCUUCUGGAGGACUCCGCCAUCUCAUGUUUUACUACCAGGAUGUGGAGGGAGCAGAAGCAGGACCAUUUGGCUUUUCAGAAGGGGCAAAUCCUGUUUCUGGAAAGAUGAAAAAGCCCAAGGUGUUUGUGACCGAAGGAAAAGAUGUUGCUCUUACAGGAGUAUGUGUGUUCUUCAUCAAGUCUGACCCGUCCAAAGCCAUCACAGCUGAGAAUAUCCACCGGGAGGUGAGCUUUAACACAUUAGACACUGCAGAUGGGGGCCUGCUAAACAGCGUGAGGCGUCUGCUCUCAGACAUCUUCAUUCCAGCUCUCAGGUCUUCCAGCCAUGGCUGGGGUGAGCUCGAGGGACUACAGGAUGCGUCCAGCAUUCGGCAGGAGUUUCUGAGCUCUCUGGAAGGUUUUGUGGGCAUCUUGUCAGGUGCACAGGAGAGUCUGAUGGAGAAGGUAAGCCUUCAAAAAUGUGAUGUAUUUGAACUGACAUCCCUGAAGGAACCCAUGGACUACUUGGCUCUAGCUAGUAACCCUGAGACUGUGGAAAAAGUAGAAUGUUGUAUGAAAGUGUGGAUCAAACAGACAGAGCAGAUCCUUGCUGAGAACAAUCAGCUGCGGAAGGAAGCAGAUGACGUUGGGCCUCGAGCAGAGUUGGAGCACUGGAAAAAACGGCUCUCCAAAUUUAAUUACCUUUUAGAUCAGUUGAAAAGCCCGCAGGUGAAGGCUGCACUGGCAGUGCUUGCUGCAGCCAAGUCCAAGCUGCUGAAGGUUUGGCGGGAGACAGACAUUAGGAUCACGGAUGCAGCUAAUGAAGCAAAGGACAAUGUCAAAUAUUUGUACACACUGGAGAAAUGCUGUGACCCUCUGUACAGCAGUGACCCUAUAACUAUGAUAGAUGCUAUACCCACACUUAUAAAUGCAAUUAAAAUGAUCUACAGCAUCUCUCACUACUAUAACACCUCUGAGAAGAUCACAUCUCUUUUCGUAAAGGUGACAAAUCAGAUGAUAUCUGCAUGUAAAGCCCAUAUCACCAGCCACGGGACUGCCACCAUCUGGAGCCAGCCUCAGGACAUUGUCAUGCAAAAGAUAGCAUCUGCAAUCCAGCUUAAACAGGGGUACCAGGCCUGCUUUCACGAGACAAAACAAAAGCUUAAGCAGAAUCCAAGUGAAAAACAAUUUGACUUUAGCGAGAUGUAUAUUUUUGGAAAAUUUGAAACUUUCCAUCGCCGUCUGGCUAAGAUAAUGGACAUCUUUACAACCUUCAAGACAUACUCAGUUCUGCAGGAUUCCAAAAUAGAGGGGUUGGAAGACAUGGUCACUAAAUACCAGGAUAUUGUUGCUGCCAUAAAGAACAAGGAAUAUAACUUCUUAGAUCAGCGGAAAAUGGAUUUUGACCAGGAUUAUGAAGAGUUUUGCAAGCGGACUAAUGACCUUCAUAACGAGUUGCAGAAGUUCAUGGAUGUCUCAUUUGAAAAGGUUCAAAGCACAAGGCAAGCUCUGAGCAUGCUGAAGAAAUUUGAAAGAUUGAAUAUACCUAACCUUGGUAUUGAGGAAAAAUACCAAGUAAUUUUUCAGAAUUUUGGGGCUGACAUCGACAUGAUUUCUAAGCUGUAUACAAAACAGAAAUAUGACCCUCCCUUGGCUCGGAACCAGCCUCCCAUAGCUGGGAAGAUCCUGUGGGCUCGGCAGCUAUUCCACAGGUUGGAGCAGCCAAUGCAACUCUUCCAGCAGCAUCCCUUUGUUCUGAGGACUGCCGAGGCCAAACCAGUAAUACGCAGUUACAACAGGAUGGGCAAGGUCCUCUUGGAGUUUGAGGUCCUCUACCAUAGGGCAUGGCUUCAGCAGAUUGAAGAAAUUCAUGUAGGUCUCGAGGCUUCCUUACUGGUGAAGGCUGCAGGCACAGGGGAAUUGUUUGUGAACUUUGAUCCUCAGAUAUUAAUCUUAUUUAGAGAAACAGAAUGCAUGUACCAGAUGGGACUGCCAGUCUCACCAUUUGCAGCUGCUCUCUUCCAGAAGCGGGAUAUGUACAAAAAGAACUUCAAUGACAUGAAGAUGGUUCUGUCUGAAUACCAGCGAGUGAAGUCGAAAAUGCCUCCUACCAUUGAACAACUGAUGGUCCCACACUUGGCCAGAGUGGAUGAAGCCCUCCAGCCUGGCAUGGCUGCCCUGACAUGGACGUCCCUGAAUAUUGGGACAUAUUUAGAAAAUGCUUCUGCAAAGAUUAAGGACCUGGAGCUGCUGCUUGACCGAGUCAAUGAUUUGAUUGAGUUCCGCAUCAACGCCAUUCUGGAAGAAAUGAGCAGCAUGUCACUUUGUCAGCUCCCUCAGGAGGACCCCCUCACUUGUGAAGAAUUCCUCCAAAUGACAAAGGACCUUUGUGUGAAUGGUGCUCAGAUACUCCAUUUUAAAAGCUCUCUAGUGGAGGAAGCAGUCAAUGAGCUAAUAAACAUGUUACUGGAUGUGGAUGUCCCACCUGAAGAAGAAAGUGAAAUAGUGUCUCACAAGAACAUCAGCUCUAAUAGUGACACUUCAGGAAGAAGAGAAGGACAUUCUGAGGCUUUGGCAUCUUCCUUUAAUUCUGGGGCCAGUCCUCUGCCUUUGACAGCAGUCACACGAAAGAAAAAAGAAAGCGAGAUAUUAGAGGAAGCCCGUGAACUGCUUUCCCAUUUUAACCAUCAAAACAUUGAUGCUCUUUUGAAAGUGACAAGGAACACUCUUGAGGCCAUUCGAAGACGCAUUCAUUUCUCCCACAUGGUUAACUUCCGGGACAGUAACAAUGCAUCUAAGACGAGACAGAACCAUCUUCCGAUUUUUCGGGCAAGCAUCACUCUGGCCAUUCCCAACAUUGCUAUGACUCCUGCCCUGGAAGACAUACAGCAGACACUGAACAAGGCCGUGGAAUGCAUCAUCAAUGUCCCUAAGGGGGUUAGACAGUGGAGCAUUGAGCUACUGUCCACGAGAAAGAUGCAUGAAAGAAAAAUGGCUUCUCUGAAGAACAACGAAGACAGUGACUCUGAUGCUGAGGCAGAGGAAAGUGAACUGCAAGAAACCCUGGAGAUAGCAUCUGUAAACUUGCCCAUUCCUGUGCAAACCCAGAAUUACUAUAAGAAUAUUUCUGACAACAAAGAGAUCGUAAAAUUAGUCUCAGUUCUCAGUACCAUCAUCAACUCCACCAAGAAGGAAGUUAUCACAUCCAUGGAACGCUUCAAAUGCUACAACCACAUUUGGCAAAAGGAGAAAGAAGAAACUGUUAUGGCAUUUAUUUCACAAAACCCUUUGCUUUCUGAAUUUGAGUCCAGGAUUCUUUAUUUCCAAAGUCUGGAGCAGGAAAUUAAUGCAGAGCCCGAAUACAUCUGUGUGGGUUCCAUUGCUCUGUACACAGCUGAUUUGAAGUUUUCUCUGACUGCGGAGACAAAAGCCUGGAUGGUUGUGAUUGGCCGUCACUGUAACAAAAAAUACCGGAGUGAGAUGGAAAACAUUUUUGUAGUUGUUGAAGAAUUCCAAAAGAAACUGAACCGGCCAAUUAAAGACUUGGAUGAUAUUCGGAUUGCAAUGACAGCCCUGAAAGAAAUCAGGGAGCAACAGAUCUCCAUUGACUUCCAAGUGGGACCUAUUGAGGAAUCUUAUGCCAUGCUUAACAAGUAUGGACUUCUGGUAGCCAAGGAAGAGAUGGACAAAGUUGACACUCUGCACUAUGCUUGGGAGAAGCUGCUGGCCCGGGCCGGUGACCUUCAGAAUGAGCUAGUCUCUCUGCAGCCCAGUUUCCGGAAAGAGCUGAUUGGAGUGGUAGAAGUGUUCCUCCAAGACUGUCAGCAGUUCUACUUGGACUAUGAUUUGAAUGGUCCAAUGGCAAGCGGUUUGAAGCCCCAGGAAGCCAGCGACAGGCUCAUUAUGUUUCAGAAUCAAUUUGAUAACAUAUACCGUAAGUAUAUCACCUACACCGGAGGAGAGGAACUUUUUGGUUUGCCAGUUACUCAGUAUCCUCAGCUUCUUGAGAUAAAGAAGCAGCUAAAUCUUCUACAGAAAAUAUACAGCCUAUACAACAGUGUCAUAGAAACUGUGAAUAGUUACCAAGACAUCCUUUGGUCAGAAGUCAAUAUUGAAAAAAUCAACAAUGAACUCUUAGAAUUCCAAAACCGGUGCCGGAAGCUGCCCCGGGCCCUGAAGGACUGGCAGGCCUUUCUGGAUUUGAAGAAGACCAUUGAUGAUUUCAGUGAGUGCUGCCCCUUGCUGGAGUACAUGGCCAGUAAAGCCAUGAUGGAGAGGCACUGGCAGAAGAUAACUGCUCUCACCGGGCACAACCUGGACGUGGGCAAUGAAGCCUUCAGGUUAAGAAAUAUUAUGGAGGCUCCUCUUCUGAAAUACAAAGAGGAAAUAGAGGACAUCUGCAUCAGUGCAGUGAAGGAGAGAGACAUCGAACAAAAGCUGAAACAAGUGAUCAGUGAAUGGGACAACAAAAUGUUAACAUUCAGCAGCUUUAAGACCCGUGGGGAACUCCUCCUGAGAGGAGACAGUACCUCAGAAGUCAUUGCCAGCAUGGAGGACAGCUUGAUGCUGCUGAGCUCUCUCCUGAGCAACAGGUACAACAUGCCAUUCAAAGCCCAGAUUCAAAAAUGGGUUCAAUGCCUCUCUAACUCAACAGACAUCAUCGAGAACUGGAUGACUGUGCAAAACUUGUGGAUUUAUCUAGAAGCCGUCUUCGUGGGAGGAGACAUUGCCAAGCAGCUGCCCAAGGAAGCCAAGCGCUUCUCCAAUAUAGAUAAGUCUUGGGUGAAGAUUAUGAUGCGGGCGCACGAGAUACCAAAUGUGGUUCAGUGCUGUGUUGGAGAUGAGACCAUGGGGCAGCUGCUGCCACACUUACUGGACCAGUUGGAAAUCUGCCAGAAGUCCCUCACAGGGUACCUGGAGAAGAAAAGGCUUUGCUUUCCUCGCUUCUUCUUUGUGUCGGAUCCCGCCCUGCUGGAGAUUCUGGGUCAGGCAUCGGACUCCCACACCAUCCAGGCCCAUUUGCUGAAUGUGUUUGACAACAUUAAAACUGUCAAGUUCCAUGACAAGAUCUAUGAUCGAAUUCUGUCAAUUUCCUCUCGGGAGGGUGAGACAAUUGAGUUGGACAAACCUGUGAUGGCAGAGGGCAAUGUAGAAGUCUGGCUUAAUUGCCUCCUGGAGGAGUCAAAGUCCUCAUUGCAUCUUGUGAUUCGCCAGGCAGCCGAAAACAUUCAAGAAUCAGGUUUCCAACUGAUUGAAUUUCUUUCUUCCUACCCUGCCCAGGUUGGAUUAUUAGGAAUUCAAAUGAUAUGGACCCGGGACUCAGAAGAAGCCCUUCGGAAUGCCAAGUUUGAUAAGAAAGUCAUGCAGAAGACCAACCAGUCCUUUCUAGAGUUACUGAACACACUGAUUGACGUUACCACAAAGGACCUGAGCUCCAUGGAGCGGGUUAAAUAUGAGACUCUGAUUACUAUUCAUGUGCACCAAAGGGACAUCUUUGAUGACCUGUGCCAAAAGCAUGUCAAGAGCCCUACGGACUUUGAGUGGCUGAGACAGUGCAGAUUUUAUUUUCUGGAAGAUUCUGACAAGACGAUGAUCCACAUCACAGACGUGGCUUUCAUAUACCAGAAUGAAUUUUUAGGCUGCACUGACAGGCUUGUCAUAACUCCGCUCACAGACAGGUGCUACAUCACAUUGGCUCAGGCUCUGGGAAUGAGCAUGGGAGGAGCCCCGGCUGGUCCUGCAGGAACAGGCAAGACAGAAACCACCAAGGAUAUGGGCCGAUGUCUUGGGAAAUAUGUUGUGGUUUUCAACUGUUCAGACCAAAUGGAUUUCCGAGGACUUGGGCGGAUAUUCAAAGGGCUGGCCCAGUCUGGGUCCUGGGGUUGCUUUGAUGAAUUCAACCGCAUCGAUCUACCAGUUCUCUCUGUAGCAGCCCAGCAAAUCUCCAUUAUUCUCACAUGUAAGAAGGAGCGGAAAAAAUCUUUCAUUUUUACUGAUGGAGAUCAUGUGACCAUGAACCCAGAAUUUGGACUUUUUCUGACUAUGAACCCUGGCUAUGCCGGACGCCAGGAACUCCCUGAAAACUUGAAGAUAAACUUCCGUUCUGUGGCCAUGAUGGUCCCUGACCGUCAGAUUAUCAUUAGGGUGAAGUUGGCCAGCUGUGGUUUCAUUGACAACGUAGUUCUGGCCAGGAAAUUUUUCACACUCUAUCAGCUGUGUGAGGAGCAGCUCUCGAAGCAGGUUCACUAUGACUUUGGUCUGCGCAACAUUUUGUCAGUUCUACGCACACUGGGGGCAGCAAAAAGAGCCAGUCCCACUGAUACAGAAUCCACUAUUGUGAUGCGCGUGCUCCGUGACAUGAAUCUUUCCAAACUGAUUGAUGAAGAUGAACCAUUGUUUUUGAGUUUGAUUGAAGACCUAUUCCCAAAUAUUCUUUUGGACAAAGCAGGUUACCCCGAGCUUGAGACAGCAAUCAGUAAACAGGUAAUUUUUCAUGAUUGUGGAAAACCACACAGAGAAAUGAGGAUGAAUCCCAAAGCAAUUACUGCCCCACAGAUGUUUGGCCGACUUGACGUGGCCACAAAUGACUGGACGGACGGAAUAUUUUCUACCCUUUGGAGGAAAACGCUGAAAGCCAAGAAAGGGGAACAUAUCUGGAUAGUUCUUGAUGGUCCAGUUGAUGCCAUCUGGAUUGAAAAUCUGAAUUCCGUUUUGGAUGAUAAUAAAACUCUGACCCUGGCUAAUGGCGACCGGAUUCCCAUGGCUCCAAACUGCAAGAUUGUUUUUGAACCGCAUAAUAUUGACAAUGCUUCUCCUGCCACCGUCUCAAGAAAUGGAAUAGUUUUCAUGAGUUCCUCUGUCCUUGACUGGAGUCCUAUUCUUGAGGGUUUUCUCAAGAGACGGUCUCCUCAGGAGGCAGAGAUCCUUCGACAGCUGUAUGCAGAGACUUUCCCAGACCUGUAUCGUUUCAGCAUCCAGAACCUGGAGUACAAGAUGGAGGUACUGGAGGCCUUUGUGAUCACACAGAGCACCCACAUGCUGCAAGGGCUGAUCCCUCCCAAGGAGCAGGCCGGGGAGGUGGGCCCAGAGCACCUGGGGAAGCUGUUUGUCUUUGCCAUGAUGUGGAGUGUGGGCGCGGUCCUGGAGUUGGAAGGGCGCAGGAGGCUGGAACUCUGGCUGUCCUCGCGAGAGGUGCCCACUCUGCACCUGCCACAGCUGACUGAUCCCGGGGACACCAUGUUCGACUACUACGUGGCACCUGAUGGUUCCUGGAGGCACUGGAGCAUGUGUACCCCGGAAUAUGUGUAUCCUCCUGAUAUCACCCCAGAAUAUGGUUCUAUCCUGGUGCCAAAUGUAGACAAUGUGAGGACUGACUUCCUAAUUAAAACCAUUGCCAAACAAGGCAAGGCUGUAUUGUUAAUUGGUGAACAAGGAACAGCCAAAACAGUCAUAAUCAAAGGAUUUAUGUCAAAAUAUGACCCUGAAAGUCACAUGGUGAAGAAUUUGAACUUCUCUUCGGCGACCACUCCACUGAUGUUUCAGAGGACUAUAGAGAGCUAUGUGGACAAACGUAUGGGCACAACGUAUGGUCCUCCAGCGGGGAAGAAGAUGGCGGUCUUUAUUGAUGAUUUGAAUAUGCCAGUAAUCAAUGAAUGGGGCGAUCAGGUCACUAAUGAGAUUGUCCGACAGCUGAUGGAACAAAAUGGAUUCUAUAACCUUGAGAAACCUGGAGAGUUUACUAGCAUUGUAGACAUCCAGUUCUUGGCAGCCAUGAUCCAUCCUGGGGGUGGACGCAAUGACAUACCACAGAGACUGAAGAGGCAGUUCUCCAUAUUCAACUGCACCUUGCCUUCAGAUGCUUCCAUGGACAAAAUCUUUGGUGUGAUUGGGAUAGGCUACUACUGUACCCAGAGAGGCUUCUCAGAGGAACUGCGAGAUGCUGUGAUGAAGCUGGUGCCCCUGACACGCCGCCUGUGGCAGAUGACCAAAGUGAAGAUGCUCCCUACCCCUGCAAAAUUCCACUAUGUGUUUAACCUUCGAGACCUUUCCAGGGUCUGGCAGGGCAUGCUGAAUAUAACUGCAGAGGUUAUCAAAGACACAGACGAGCUGCUCAAGCUGUGGAAGCAUGAAUGUAAACGUGUGAUAGCUGACCGCUUCACCACGUCUAGUGAUGUGACUUGGUUUGAUAAGGCUUUAGUCAGUUUGGUGGAGGAGGAGUUUGGUGAAGAGAAAACACCGGUGGUGGACUGUGGAGUUGAUGCUUAUUUUGUGGAUUUCUUGAGGGAUGCGCCAGAAGCUUCAGGUGAGACAUCUGAGGAGACUGAAGCUGAAAUACCAAAGAUUUAUGAGCCAAUUGAAUCCCUUAAUCACCUGAGAGAGCGUUUGAGUGUAUUCCUGCAACUCUAUAAUGAGAGCAUCCGUGGUACUGGCAUGGACAUGGUGUUCUUCACAGAUGCAAUGGUCCACUUAGUCAAGAUCUCUCGAGUCAUUCGCACUCCUCGGGGAAAUGCCCUUCUGGUUGGCGUGGGCGGAUCAGGAAAACAAAGCCUGACAAGGUUGGCUUCCUUCAUCGCUGGCUAUACCUCUUUCCAGAUCACUCUGACAAGAUCCUACAACACAUCAAAUCUUAUGGAGGACCUGAAGGUUUUAUAUAGGACCGCUGGCCAGCAAGGCAAAGGAAUCACUUUCAUUUUCACAGACAAUGAGAUUAAAGAUGAGUCGUUUUUGGAAUACAUGAACAAUGUUCUAUCAUCAGGCGAGGUCUCCAACUUGUUUGCUCGGGAUGAAGUGGACGAAAUUAAUGGUGACCUGACCCCGAUCAUGAAAAGGGAGCACCCCAAGCGUCCGCCCACCAAUGACAAUCUGUAUGAGUUUUUCAUGAGCAGGGUCCGAGGGAACCUUCACAUUGUGCUGUGCUUUUCACCCGUCGGAGAGAAAUUCCGAAACCGAGCUUUGAAGUUCCCGGCCCUUAUUUCAGGAUGCACAAUCGACUGGUUCAGCCGAUGGCCAAAGGAUGCUUUAGUUGCUGUGUCGGAACAUUUCCUCUCAUCCUAUAAUAUCGACUGCAGUGUGGAAAUCAAGAAUGAAGUGGUCCAGUGUAUGGGCUCCUUUCAGGACGGGGUGGCUGAGAAAUGUGCUGAAUAUUUCCAGAGAUUCAGGCGCUCUACCCACGUGACACCCAAAUCAUACCUCUCCUUCAUUCAAGGCUAUAAGUUCAUAUAUGGAGAAAAACACACAGAAGUGCAGAGCCUGGCCAACAGAAUGAAUACUGGAUUGGAAAAGCUAAAAGAAGCUUCAGAAUCGGUUGCAGCCCUGAGCAAAGAACUGGAAGUAAAAGAAAAGGAACUACAAGUGGCCAACGACAAAGCUGACACAGUCUUAAAAGAAGUCACAAUGAAAGCACAGGCUGCUGAAAAGGUCAAAGCUGAGGUGCAAAAGGUGAAAGACAAAGCUCAGGCCAUUGUAGACAGCAUCUCCAAGGACAAAGCCAUCGCUGAAGAGAAACUAGAGGCAGCAAAGCCAGCUCUAGAAGAAGCAGAAGCUGCACUCCAGACCAUCAAGCCCUCUGACAUUGCCACAGUGCGUACACUCGGCCGACCCCCUCACCUCAUCAUGCGGAUUAUGGACUGUGUGUUGCUGCUGUUUCAAAGGAAGGUCAAUCCGGUGAAAAUUGACCUAGAGAAAAGCUGCACUGUGCCUUCCUGGCAGGAAUCUUUAAAACUGAUGACAGCAGGGAACUUUCUCCAGAACCUACAGCAAUUCCCCAAAGACACGAUCAAUGAAGAAGUGAUAGAAUUUUUGAAUCCUUACUUUGAAAUGGCCGACUACAACAUUGAGACAGCCAAACGCGUGUGUGGGAAUGUAGCUGGUCUUUGUUCCUGGACCAAGGCCAUGGCUUCCUUUUUUUCUAUAAACAAGGAGGUGCUGCCUCUGAAGGCCAACUUGGUAGUGCAAGAGAAUCGUCACAUGCUGGCCAUGCAGGACCUGCAGAAAGCCCAGGCUGAGCUGGAUGACAAGCAAGCAGAGCUCGAUGUUGUGCAGGCAGAGUAUGAACAAGCCAUGACUGAAAAGCAGACCUUGCUUGAAGAUGCCGAGCGAUGCAGGCAUAAGAUGCAGACAGCGUCAACGCUCAUCAGUGGCUUGGCAGGUGAAAAGGAGCGAUGGACAGAACAAAGCAAAGAGUUUGCUGCACAAACUAAACGACUCGUAGGGGAUGUGCUGCUGGCAACAGCUUUUCUAUCAUAUUCUGGUCCAUUUAACCAAGAGUUUCGAGAUCUGCUGUUAAAUGAUUGGAAGAAGGAAAUGAAAGCCCGUAAAAUUCCAUUUGGGAAUGACCUAAAUCUUAACGAGAUGUUGAUUGAUGCCCCUACUAUCAGUGAAUGGAACCUACAAGGCCUUCCAAAUGAUGACCUGUCUAUUCAGAAUGGAAUUAUCGUCACUAAGGCAUCACGCUAUCCUUUGCUAAUUGAUCCACAGACUCAAGGCAAGAUCUGGAUUAAAAAUAAAGAAAGCCAAAAUGAACUCCAGACCACAUCUCUAAACCACAAGUACUUUAGAAACCACCUGGAGGACAGCCUUUCCCUUGGACGGCCUUUACUUAUAGAAGAUGUUGGGGAGGAACUAGAUCCUGCUCUGGACAAUGUUUUGGAAAAAAACUUCAUUAAAUCUGGAUCUACCUUUAAGGUGAAAGUUGGGGAUAAGGAAGUAGAUGUUAUGGAUGGUUUUAAACUAUACAUUACCACCAAGCUGCCAAAUCCAGCCUACACCCCAGAAAUAAGUGCUCGGACCUCCAUCAUUGACUUCACUGUCACUAUGAAAGGCUUGGAGGAUCAGUUACUCGGGAGAGUCAUCCUCAUGGAGAAACAGGAACUUGAGAAAGAACGAACUCAUCUCAUGGAAGAUGUAACCGCAAACAAAAGAAGGAUGAAGGAGCUGGAGGAUAAUUUGCUUUAUCGCCUGACGAGCACUCAAGGGUCCCUGGUGGAGGAUGAGAGUCUCAUUGUUGUGCUGAGCAACACCAAAAAGACAGCCGAGGAGGUGACACAGAAGCUGGAAAUUUCUGUGGAGACAGAAAUUCAAAUUAACUCAGCCCGGGAGGAGUACCGACCCGUUGCUACACGGGGCAGCAUCCUCUAUUUCCUCAUCACUGAGAUGCGCUUGGUUAAUGAGAUGUAUCAGACUUCACUCCGUCAGUUUCUGGGCUUGUUUGACCUUUCCUUAGCCAGGUCUGUCAAGAGCCCGAUUACAAGCAAGAGGAUUGCUAAUAUCAUUGAGCAUAUGACCUAUGAGGUUUUCAAGUAUGCUGCCCGAGGUUUAUAUGAGGAGCACAAAUUCCUGUUCACAUUGUUGCUCACCCUCAAGAUUGACAUCCAGAGGAACCGAAUCAAGCAUGAGGAGUUUCUCACCCUCAUUAAAGGUGGCGCCUCAUUGGAUCUUAAAGCCUGUCCUCCCAAACCAUCGAAAUGGAUCCUAGACAUGACCUGGUUGAACUUGGUGGAACUUGGCAAGCUUAGACAGUUUUCAGAUAUCCUAGAUCAGAUAUCAAGAAAUGAAAAACUGUGGAGAAUUUGGUUUGACAGAGAAAAUCCAGAGGAGGAACCUCUUCCAAAUGCCUAUGACAAAUCUCUCGACUGCUUCAGACGUCUUCUUCUUAUUAGAUCCUGGUGUCCAGACAGAACCAUUGCCCAGGCUCGAAAGUACAUCAUGGACUCCAUGGGAGAGAACUAUGCAGAGGGAGUUAUCCUGGACUUGGAAAAGACAUGGGAGGAAUCUGAUCCACGGACGCCACUCAUCUGCCUCCUGUCCAUGGGCUCUGACCCCACAGAUUCCAUCAUUGCUUUGGGGAAGAGACUAAAAAUAGAAACACGCUAUGUGUCCAUGGGCCAGGGCCAGGAGGUCCAUGCGAGGAAGCUGUUGCACCAGACCAUGGCAAAUGGCGGAUGGGUACUUCUACAGAAUUGCCAUCUGGGACUUGACUUCCUAGAUGAACUAAUGGACAUAAUUACAGAAACAGAGACUGUUCGUGACACUUUCCGCCUAUGGAUUACCACAGAGGUUCACAGGCAGUUCCCGAUAACUCUCCUUCAGAUGUCCAUCAGGUUUGCCAAUGAGCCUCCUCAGGGCCUCCGGGCUGGCCUGAAAAGAACAUAUGGUGGCGUGAGCCAGGACCUACUGGAUGUGAGUGUGGGGGCCCAGUGGAAGCCCAUGUUGUAUGCAGUGGCCUUCCUGCACUCUACUGUACAGGAGAGGCGCAAGUUUGGUCCCCUAGGAUGGAAUAUCCCCUAUGAAUUUAAUCAAGCAGACUUCAAUGCCACUGUGCAGUUCAUUCAAAACCACCUGGAUGAUAUGGAUAUCAAGAAGGGUGUGUCCUGGACCACAGUCCGUUACAUGAUUGGAGAGAUCCAGUAUGGAGGCAGAGUCACUGACGACUACGAUAAGAGGUUGCUGAACACGUUUGCAAAGGUUUGGUUCAGUGAAAACAUGUUUGGACCAGAUUUCACCUUUUACCAAGGAUACAGCAUUCCAAAAUGCAGCACAGUGGAUGGCUAUCUUCAGUACAUUCAGAGCUUGCCUGCCUAUGACAGCCCCGAGGUGUUUGGGCUGCACCCCAAUGCCGACAUCACUUACCAGAGCAAGCUGGCCAAGGACGUGCUAGACACCAUCCUGGGCAUCCAGCCUAAGGACAGCUCUGGUGGAGGGGAUGAGACACGGGAGGCUGUGGUGGCCCGCUUGGCUGAUGAGAUGCUGCAGAAGCUUCCAGAAGACUACAGCCCUUUUGAAGUGAAAGAGAGGUUGCAGAAGAUGGGGCCAUUCCAGCCCAUGAACAUUUUCCUCAGGCAGGAGGUUGACAGGAUGCAGAGGGUGCUCAGCCUCGUCCGCAGCACUCUGACUGAGCUGAAGCUCGCUGUUGAUGGCACCAUUAUCAUGAGCGAAAAUCUGCGAGAUGCUCUGGAUUGCAUGUUUGACGCCAGAAUCCCUGCUCGGUGGAAGAAGGCAUCGUGGGUUUCAAGCACCCUGGGUUUCUGGUUUACCGAGCUUCUAGAAAGAAACUGCCAGUUCACCUCCUGGGUUUUCAAUGGCCGACCCCACUGCUUUUGGAUGACAGGCUUUUUUAACCCCCAGGGAUUUUUAACUGCUAUGCGACAGGAAAUAACUCGGGCUAACAAAGGCUGGGCUCUGGACAAUAUGGUUCUUUGCAAUGAAGUCACCAAAUUGAUGAAGGAUGACAUUUCUGCCCCUCCCCCAGAAGGGGUCUAUGUCUACGGCUUAUACCUUGAGGGUGCCGGCUGGGACAAAAGGAAUACAAAACUCACUGAAUCCAAACCCAAAGUGCUUUUUGAGUUGAUGCCGGUCAUCAGGAUUUAUGCAGAAAACAACACUGCAAGAGAUCCUCGGUUGUAUUGCUGCCCCAUCUACAAGAAGCCAGUUCGAACAGACUUGAACUACAUUGCUUCUGUGAACCUCAAGACAAUCCAGGCUCCUGAACAUUGGGUUCUCCGUGGGGUUGCCCUUCUCUGUGAUGUCAAGUAACAGAAAUGCAUGCUCCAAAUUAUUUUAAUCUUUAUUUUUCAGUCAGUGCUGGACAUACAUAAAUCAGACUGUGUUGUGUGUAAUUAAUGAUGUGACACUACCACACACACUUCUUUGGAUGCUUCGUUGUAUUUUACUUCUUUUGUAAUUGGUAAUUGACCCUUGCAUUUGUUUGAAAAAUACUUACUGAUUUAAAAUCGUAAUUAACAACCUCCUAGUGAAUUGUGGGCAUCAAACCUCUAAUCAUAUAUCUUCUUCUUAUUUCCAUCUGAAGUCUAUGUUAAGCAGUUACUAUUUUCUCUCAGGGAUUGCUUGUCUGUUAAUGUGGCUCUGGUAGAAGCCACUUUCUCUAAGUUAACAUGGGAAGCUUGUGCCAAUUUUGUUUCUAUUGCCUUUUGGUCAGGUCAGGAGACUUAUUCUCUAGACUUCAAGUAGCUCAUUAAAAGAUCUUUUUACAAAAUAACACAGCAUAAGCAUUAAGAUUGUGAAUAAACAGCUCAGGUGAACCUGGAGUGCAAACACAGAACAAUGCUCAGUCUCACUUAUAAUUAGUGACAAGAUACUGAGUGAUGUCUAACAGAAAAGUACAGUGUCGGUACUGCUGAUAUUGCUCACAGAGUGUCAGAACAAUGUAAAUUGAUCCAACAUUUCUGUAAAGUAAUUCAAACAGAGAAAGAAACAUUAAAAUAUUCUAACUCUUUGAUUCUUAUUUCUCUAUACCAAAGGGUAAACCUAGUGAAGGCAAAUUUUAUAUGUAAAGUUAUAUUUAAUAAAGAAAAUAAAUGCACCUGCUCCAAAUGUUUGUCAGUAUAGAUAUGAUAACAGAAACCAGGUAGGAUUAGGCAACUAUGGGAUGUAGUAUUGUAGAGAUCAUUAGAAGAAAAUGACAAGUAUAAUAAUGAAUGGAAGAUACAAUUCACAAAAUAUUGAUCUCUCUAUGUCUACAGCUAUGAAAUGAGUUUGAAUGUGGACAAAAACUAAAUAACAAUAUGGAAAAAUAAAGCCAGGUGUUAUGGCAUAAUAAAUAUAGGAGUAUUUUUAAAAUGUAAUACUUCAAAGAAGAAUAUGGGAGGAUCAAGGCCCUAGAAUGUGUGUCUGGGAUCCAAAGUAGAUUUUAUUAAUUAGGAAAAAUGUUCUCCAAGGAACUCUUCAUUUAUUUUUGUUUUAAGUUUUGGUUAUAAAUGGAAUUCUGCUUCACCUGUUAUGUAUGGAUUAGGGAACUUGAUCAGGAUUAUAAUUAGAAUUAUGGUUGAGUUGUAGGUCUGAUUUACUGCAGUUUCUUCUGAGGUAAUGGGUUUUCCAUGUGUGUAGAAGGUGUGGAGGGUGAAUGUUCACCACCAGGUGCAGGGUGUUCCCCACCAGGUACAGGUCUAUAAUCAGCACCAUUGUUUUAUGCUCAUUAUGCUGUGUAGUUUGUGUGACUCUUAAUGAUCAUGGGUGAUACUACUACUGUUUGGACAGCUUUUUUUUGUAUGA